AUGGCUUCGGACGGCCUGAGAGGGGCGCUGACGGCCGUGCUGGGGGGCCGGGGGCUGCUCGUGCAGAACUAUGAUUCGGGGCCGGCUGGGGAGCCGCCGGCGCCGGUGCGGCUGCGGAAGAAUGUCUGCUACGUGGUGCUGGCGGUGUUCCUCAACGAGCAGGAUGAGGUGCUACUGGUCCAGGAGGCCAAGAAGGAGUGCCGUGGGUCGUGGUACCUUCCUGCGGGGCGGAUGGAGCCUGGGGAGACCAUUGUGGAGGCGCUACAGCGGGAGGUGAAGGAGGAGGCCGGGCUGCAGUGUGAGCCUCUGACGUUGCUGUCUGUGGAGGAACGGGGCCCCUCCUGGAUCCGCUUCGCGUUCCUCACCUGCCCCACAGGUGGAAUUCUCAAGACUCCCAAGGAAGCAGAUGCAGAGUCCCUACAGGCUGGCUGGUACCCACGAACCUCACUGCCUACCCCACUGCGGGCCCAGGACAUUCUUCAUCUGGUCGAUCUUGCUGCCCAGUAUCGCCAGCAAGCCAGGCACCCUCUCCUCCUUCCCCAAGAGCUUCCCUGCAGUCUAGUCUGCCAGCGGCUCGUGGCCAUCUUCACCAGCGCCCAGACAGUGUGGGUGUUGGCGGGCACAGUGGGGACGCCUCACUUGCCCGUCACUGCCUGUGGCUUCGCUCCCAUGGAGCAGAGGGGCGGCAUCAAGAUGGCUGUCUUGCGGCUGCUGCAGGAGUGUCUGACCCUGCACCACUUGGCAGUAGAGACCAAGGGGUUGCUUGGACUGCAACACCUGGGCAAAGACCUAACGGAUGGCAUCUGCAUGAACGUGCUGGUCACUGUGGCUUUUCGGAAUCCGGGCCUCCAAAAUGAGCCCCCAAAGGUUCGGGGUGAGAACUUCUUUUGGUGGAAGGUGGUGGAGGAAGACCUGCAAAACCAGCUUUUACAGCGGCUUCGGGACUCGUCUGUCGUCCCAAUCAACAGAUAG